GUGGCGAGCUGGCUCAGCUGGUUUAUAGGCAACCAGCGUCUGCCCCAUUUGCCAUCCACAUUCAACGGUUUGCAGCUUUUACAUCCAACCCCAGAUUCAUUCGCUUCAUCGCAGCCGGGCUGUCUUUCUUUACUUUAUCCCCUUUGUAAUGGAAUCAAAUCUACCCACCCGUAUCCAUGAGGAUAUUGACCAUCGCCAGUACGAGUGCGUCAUCUGCACAGACAAAGUACUGCGCAACUCGGAGGUGUGGUCCUGCUCAAGAUGUUGGACAGUGACCCAUCUCUACUGCGCACAUCAAUGGCACACACACCAGAAGCAGGAACGCGAAGAACAUCCGGAUUAUGCCCAUCCCAAUACCUGGCGGUGUCCAGGCUGCAACUCGAGGCUACGCGAUGAGCCUCAGUUUUAUUUUUGCUGGUGCGGCAAGGAUAUCGACCCCAAGCCCAUCCCCGGGCUUUCUCCUCACACAUGCGGACAGACCUGCUCGAAGUCGAGGGCAGGCUGCCCGCACCGGUGCUCAUUGAUGUGCCACGCCGGGCCUUGUCCGCCGUGCACAUUGAUGGGCCCGACGCAGUCUUGCUUCUGCGGCAAACACACCGCAACCCGGAAAUGCAUCGAAACCGACUAUCGAAAGAACUGGAGCUGCCAGGAUCGCUGCGGUGAUCUGUUGCCCUGCGGAGAGCAUAGGUGCACCCGGAUUUGCCAUUCUGGGCUAUGCGGCCCUUGCCAAAUACCUACGCUGUCCAUAUGCUAUUGCGGAAAGGAGCAGCGAGUGAUGCCCUGCGGCAAACGCGAUCCCAUGGAGUCGUUCAACCACGGACAAGUCAAGCCGCCAUUUACAACCGACGACAGAGAAUCCAACCCAGACCAGUUGUUCGAGGGCUCAUUCCACUGCGGCAACGUUUGCAACCGACCGUUCCAUUGCCAACAUCAUACCUGUCAAAAGGCAUGUCAUCCGCAAGGGGUACUGGUCACCCACUGCCCUUUUUCGCCAGAGUUGGUUACCCACUGCCCAUGCGGGAAAACCACGCUCUUUGAGGUCCUCGCUUUGGUCCCCGAACAUCAGCCCCCCCAGUUUUCGUGUCGGGAUCCGCCCCCGCGCUGCAACAAGCCCUGCAAUAAGGUUAUGGCUUGUGGUCAUCUGUGCGUGGACGUAUGCCACGCCGGCUCUUGCGCGCCUUGCACCCGGUAUACCGACAUACCGUGCCGAUGCGGGAGGGUAACGACCAAGUCCGCGUGCGAUCAAGGCGACGUCGCUCAACCUCAUUGCUCCCGCGUUUGCAAAACCCGACUCAACUGUGGGCGGCAUGAGUGUGGAGAGCAGUGUUGCCCCGGCGACAAGGCGGCAGCGGAGAGGCGAAGACGGAAGCGGGGCGCCAACGGGGGCUACGAGCCGGAGCAUAUCUGCCUGCAGGUAUGUGGUCGCCAACUCAAGUGCGGCAAUCACAGCUGUCAACAGCUCUGCCACAAAGGGCCAUGUCCUGUGUGUCCAGAGGCCAUCUUCGACGACAUCAGCUGCGGCUGUGGACGAACGGUCCUACAACCACCCCAACCCUGCGGGAUGCGACCACCGGAGUGCCGCUUCCCUUGCACGAGAGCCCGUCCAUGCGGCCAUCCGUCUGUUUCGCACCAGUGCCACCUCGACGACACGUCCUGCCCGAAGUGCGUAUUCCUUACCAACAAGCCCUGCAUUUGCGGCAAGAAGAUCCUGGGAAACCAGCCCUGCUGGUUCGAGGAGGGACGGUGCGGUCUUCCAUGCGGGAAGAAGCUCAAGUGCGGGGCGCACGAAUGCAGGAAAACAUGCCACAAGCCUGGGGAGUGUGAGGAUGCCGGCAUUUCUGGCUCACACUGCCCUCAGCCCUGUGGCAAGGUCCGGAAAUCGUGCGAGCAUACGUGCACCGACCAGUGCCACGCGCCCGAUCCUUGCAAAGAGGACAAGCCGUGCCAAUCCACGACGUUCGCGACUUGCCCUUGCCAGCACCGCAAGGAGGAGGUUCAAUGCCAGGCUACGAACCUCAGCCCCACGCCCACCGGAGUACCAACCCUCGAGUGCGACGACGAAUGUCUGCGGCUCCAGCGGAACCGGAAGCUCGCCGAUGCGUUAAAAAUCGACCCCAGCACGCAUACGGACGACCACAUCCCGUACUCCGACGGCACGCUCAAGCUCUUCCGGGAAAACGCCAAGUGGGCACAAGAGCAGGAGCGGGAACUCCGGGUGUUCGCUGCCGCGCCGGAGGAGAAGCGCAUCAGGUUCAAGCCCAUGCCGGCUUACCAGCGUGCGUUUCUCCACCACCUCGCCGCCGACUUUGGCCUGGACACGGAGAGCCAGGACCCCGGCCCGCACCGCCACGUGUGUGUCUUCAAGACACCGCGGUUCGUGUCCGCCCCGGCGAAGACGCUGGGGCAGUGCCUCCAGAUCGCGACCACGGCGGCGAAGCUCCGCACCGGCGCGUCUGCCAUCGCCGCCAAGUCUGCACCGGCCAGGGGGGGCGCCGCCGCCGCGGACAGCGAGGGGUGGAGCGCGGUCGCCGGCCGUGGUUCGUGGAGGCAGCGGGGGCCGGCCAACGGGGGGCCGACGAGCGGGCAGCGGCCACGGAACGCGUUCGUGGCACUGGAGGGGUUGGAGAUGUAGGGGGAGAGUGAGGGGCGG